AAUGGAUAUGACAGGCAGUUAGUAAAGUCAUCUAGUUCUUCAGGCUUCCCUUGUUUACAGGGUCAUCAAGAGUUUGUUGAACUUUUCCAUUUCACCAAAAUCGUUUUUGUUUAAAAGCAAACGGCACAAGGCGAUUUCCUUAUUUCACCCAAAAUCAGAUCUAGCUUCUAGUGAAUGAUAUUUGUAAACAAGUGAUUGUGGCAGUAACAAUGACAUUUCAGCGAAAUUCCAGUGAACCAAUAAUACUGUUCAAAUUGCUGAAUCGUCGCUCGUUUUAGUACAAUGUGUUUUCCAAUUGCAGGAUAUAUUAUGCCACGCAAUUCUAAGGACAGCAAGUAUGAGAACAAUGGUUCUAAUAGAAGAACUCACACCUACAUGUCUGCUGAAGAUCAAGCGGCCGGUAAAAAGUCAUUUUGGACAGAAUUGGAGAUAACAGGGACUAUACGGAAUUUAAGUUCAAACCUAUUUCAAAUGACCCAUCUAACAGCACUUUAUUUAAAAAAUAAUUCCCUUCAAAGAUUACCACCUGAUAUUUGCCAACUGGUCAACCUAAGAAACCUAGACUUGUCAUCCAAUAAGCUGAGAUCGCUGCCAGCUGAACUAGGAGAACUUAUACAACUCAGCCAUGUUGUGGGCCUGCUAAAGACAACUUAUUUUGUUCUCUCUUUUCAAAACCUGGUUUAUAAGGCCAUGAAUCCUUCCUUCUUCCUUCCGAAUCCUGCGAAUCCCUUCGAGCAUUCUGGAGUGGAACUGCAAUUGAGUCACAACCAAUUAAGGAUUCUGCCGUACGAAUUGGGAAAGCUGUUCAACCUGAUGGUACUUGGUUUAAUAGGAAAUCCGCUCAGUAAAGACAUCAUGAAUAUAUACGCCGAACCAAACGGAACGCAGAAGCUUUUGACUUUCAUGUUAGACAAUUUACAAGUAACGACUCCUACACCACCUCCUCGGCCUUGGAUCCCUUUGGCACGGCCAUCUUCAAGUCGACCGACAUGUAUUUUCACUGUGAUGUGUUAUAAUGUUUUAUGUGAUAAAUACGCAACACGACAAAUGUACAGUUAUUGUCCAAGUUGGGCAUUAAAUUGGGAUUAUAGGAAAAAGGGUAUCCUAGAAGAAAUACGACAUUAUAGCGCCGACAUCAUCAAUUUACAGGAAGUCGAAAUGGAGCAGUUUUAUAAUUAUUUUUUACCCGAACUUAAACAAGACGGCUACGCGGGUAUUUAUUCACCAAAAUCACGAGCGAAGCAUAUGGCUGAAAGCGAGAGAAAAUACGUCGACGGUUGCGCCAUUUUCUACCGAACAUCAAAAUUUACUCUAAUCAAAGAACACUUAGUUGAAUUUAAUCAAUUGGCGAUGGCAAAUGCGGACGGAUUGGACCACAUGCUUAACAGAGUGAUGCCGAAGGACAACAUUGGUUUAGCUGCGCUUUUGCAAACGACGGAAGCGGCCUGGGAAAACACUCCUGCCGAUGCGCCUUUCAUCCAACAACCGAUCCUCGUAUGCACAGCACAUAUCCACUGGGAUCCUGAGUUUUGCGACGUGAAACUGAUCCAAACGAUGAUGUUAAGCAACGAGCUCAAAAGUAUACUCGACAAAUCCGCUCAAACAUUGAGAGCGUCGGAGAACGUGAACGCAGACCCGAACAGUAUCCAGCUGGUUCUUUGUGGAGAUUUCAACUCGUUACCCGAUUCGGGCGUGAUUGAAUUCUUGAGUACGGGGAGGGUUUCGCAAGAUCACAAAGAUUUCAAAGACUUUAGUUAUAAACAAUGCCUGGAGAAGGUCUUGAGCUGUGAUAAACCUAAUGAAUUUACACAUUCCUUCAAGCUCGCUUCUGCCUACAAUGAUGAGAUAAUGCCGUUCACAAAUUACACAUUCGAUUUUAAAGGCAUUAUCGAUUAUAUUUUUUACGCGAAACAAACAAUGACACCUUUGGGUUUGUUGGGACCUAUUUCGUCCGAAUGGUUGACGCAAAAUAAAGUCAUCGGUUGUCCACAUCCGCACGUAUUCUCCGAUCAUUUUCCGUUGCUCGUUGAACUUGAAAUGGUGCCGACUGUGUCUGCACCAAUUAAUGGCAUUAUCAGUCACAGGAUACGCGGGAAACGUCAAAGGACGCAAGGAUCUUUAUUAAUCGUCGACGGAAUUUUUUAGUGCCAGUAAGCUGUGAUGUGAAAUAUAAGUCUUUAUCGUCUUUAUAAUAAAAAGUAUACAAAGUUUA